AUGGCGGACCGUUUGGAAGAUACGGAAGAGGCAGACAACGAAUUGGAGUACAAAAAACAGCUUAAAAAAAAAUCACAGGAAUUCCCGGCUUCCGAAACGUCAGGCGACGACCCGGAAGCGGAAGAGGGCGUUGACAAUAAUGUUGGAUUCAAAAUUUUUUAUUCAAAUGACGAUGACCAAGAAGAAAUAGGCCGGUCAACAUUUAAAAUACCCGUUAUUCCCGCCUUUUCAUUCCCUCACGUGACCCCGGCCAUUCUAGACCCACCGGAAAAAGAACAGAGUACGAAUUCAUCCAACGCCAAUCCGGACAUUAAACCGGAACAGGAAAAUGUAAAAAAAGGAGACGGCCCGGGCGAUUUAAAUAAUUCUACAGGAAAAAAAAAAAAAAUUUGA